UCUGCUGUGUCUAUUUGAGAUCUGGUCGCUACUGAUGCACAACAACAGGUAAGCAAAAUUACUUUCUUCCAUGUCUCUUUUUAAUUUAUUUUUCAGUGACAUAGCUAUGGUCUUGCAUUUUAAUAGCUUGCAUUCUUAAGUUGUUCCUUUAACAGUGUUAUACACUGCUGAAGUACAAUCAAUAAUUUUUUAGCAGACUUGCAUCCCAUUGUAAAUAAUGGUCUGUUCUACAAAUUACCAAAGCAAACAUGUUAGCUAAGUUUAAUGGAUUGAGUUUAAUGGAUUGAGUCAUGAGGUGUUGCAGACCCCAUUUCCCAGUAUCCCAGUCAGCAACAGCACCUUCUGAGCCAGUGGUCCUGGGAAGAGGAAUUCCCAGCACCUCCAGACUCAAUAUUUUAAACUGGGAGACAACUCUAUUUCCAGCUAGAAUUGGUGUCUGAAGGAUGUAGUAAGACUUUUAAAAAGUACUUGGGUUAGGAGGGCAUGCUGUUUGGUGUCAUGACUCACUUGGCACUGUUGGGUCUAGCUCUAGCAUGGCAGAUACUGGAGGAAGAUGAGAAGGAAUGGAAGUGGUAGGCUGGCCCCACCUCAACCCCACCUGGCUCUGUGUGGAGAUAGGACUUCCAGCUCCGUUCCUUCCAGAGGGGGAGAGAGUAUUGUCAGAACUUGGGGAGGCAAAGCAGGCUGAGUAGGGAGGAGGUGGGUACAGCACUCUCUCCUAGAACACCAGGAGAAGGGACAAUUUAUGCCUGCUUAGACACAGCAUAUGCCUGCAGGUUCAUCCAGGAACAGAGACUCUCAUGAGUAAGGGCUGCACUCAUGAUGGCUUUUAGCUGGAUGAGUGGACAUGGAGAAGUGGUUGAAACAACUACUCAGCAGUCUUGAGCUUAAUGAAUGGACUCUCAACCCAGGCGCCUUGGCCACUCUUCAUAGAUCAGACCCAUCCCAGUCAACCCUUUGUCCUGUCGGAACUCUGAGACUGAAAUAGCUCUUUUCCUUGUGCCGAGUCUGUACCAUUUCCUUACUUAAAAGAAAGAGAAUCUGAGGACAUGUUUUGGGAUGGGAGCCAGGGCAUUUGGGCUCGGCUUCAAGGAUCAAAAUCCCCCGGGAAGCAAUUGGAGCAUAUUGAGCAACAACAACCAGUGUUGUUCUAGGGUAAUGCCACAGGUUCUCCUCCCUGCUGCUAGUAUAAGAAGAACACUGCUGGAUCAGGCCAAAGGUUCAUCUAGCCCUUUUAUCUCACCUUUCAACACCCAUCAUGUCUCCUCAAGAUAUUUCUUCAAUAUAUUGAGUUUCCCCCCUGAAAUCUUUUUCAUUAAGGACUCAUGUUUUCAGACUAGAGAUACUGUAGUUCUGUUUUAUACACAGGUCCAAGAUGUGGCUGUUUUGGGGAGUGGCCUGCUUAGUCCAACAGGCUCUGACAUCUGAUGUAUUCAGUAGCAGAAGACAUCUGAAUCCACAACAAUUUAUGACUAUUGUAAGUUAAUAAUUCAGAUGGCCUUGAAAACAGUGGACCAUGUUCCUUAUAAUUUCAUUUUUAAAACAGUUUUCAAGAGCACAUGCAUUUCCAGGAAGAAACUCCAUGCUUGGCAGGAGUUAUUUCAAACUGCAAGUUAAUCUGAUCGUGUUUGAAACAAUACUCUCUUGGCUAGAUAAACUGAUCUAAAAGACACAGUUAGCUUUGAUAACUCCUUCUCGAAGCAGAGUUUUACACUGGCUCCUCAGUGUAAAUGUUGACAUUUGCUGCACAUGCAUUAGCUGAAGCCUUAGGCAGGAGAUUCAUUAUAUUUCUCAUGGUGAGAGAUUUCUUUGUAGUUGCUUACAAUACAGAUUUGGUGUUUUGCAUCAUAUCAGUACAGAUUUCCUUUUUGUCUUUUUGUUGUGGAAUGGAGAAAACCACAAUCAAUCUGUGGUUAUGUACACACAAAUAUACCCAGAUGGGGGAAAGGGGGAAUAAAUUUCAUUCAGUUCGCAUUUCAUGCUGAAUCUACACAAUUUGCAUUUUCUGGAACAAUACACAAACCGGAACAAAGCCAUCCUUCAAAAUUGGCACGUCUCCAAUUUUUGCGUACUGUUCUCCAGCCAAGUAAUGGAAAUAGAAAUGUAUAUACCAGAGUAAAGUGUUUUUAAAAAUGCAUAUACAAAUGAAAAUAGAAUACAAAAAAAUCAUUUUAUUAGGCAAAAAAAAAAGGUGUGUUUUGGGCAAACUUGCAUACAAUCAUGUAUACAUUAUGAGAGUUUAGGGGAGCGAUGCGGUGUUGUUGCACUACAACUCCCAUAAUCCUUGACCCUUGGCCAUGCUGGCUGGGACUGAUAGGAGCUGGAGCCCAGCUAUAGCCACAGAUUUCCCAUUCCUGGUGUAGGACUAGCAAAGUCAUUUCACAAUAAUCUUGGCCCUCAGAAGUUUUUGUUCUUUGGGAUAUUCAAGCAAUUGUCCCAGAAAUCGAAUGAUCAGAUUUAUUUAUUUCUUAAUCUAGCAUUUCUAUUUCCAUCCUUCUCCACUCACAGCCUGAAGUUAUCCAGUACUGGGGAUACCCCAGUGAAGAGUAUACAAUCCUAACAGAGGAUGGCUAUUACCUGCAGGCAAACAGAAUUCCACAUGGAAUACAUAGUUCUGGGAAGACAGGUAAUUUUGAAAUUUAGCAGUAAAUGCAUUAAAAUUCCACUUGCAAUGCCUGAUAUCCCUAUGUUCAACUUUAAAAAUGUUACCCAGACUUCACUAUUUUUUUCUUUCAUUCAACUUUAUUUGGAAGAAAUUGUUGCAAGUUGGCUGAAAUCACUUCAGUUGUGCUCAGUUGUAAACACACUUGAUGAUUCCUUCUUCAUUAUAUCUGAGCAACAAGGUUUCCCAGAUUAAUCAAUAAUUCCAAAUUAUCAACAGUUAGAAUAAUUAUCCAGACUUCUAUUCAUAGCAGAACACUAUGAAAUAUCUUAAGUGGCGUGGAGUUUGGUUGAGUGGCUUUUUUAUGUCUUUUCAAAAAUCAGUGCAAAUAUUAACUAUCUCCUGAUUCUUAGGAGAGUUGUUCAGAAACAGCCACAGCAGUUGUGGUCUCUCUUCAGCGCUAGGCAGCAAUCACCUCAGAGACACAGCGUUUCACCCACAGGAGAGACAAGACCUGCCCACCUUCUCACCUCACCUACUUCUGCUACCUUUUGCCAAUACUUCAGCACCGCCUCUCUAGAUUGCUUGGGAAAAGUAGGUGGGGACAUGUUGGCAGAAGAGAAAGUGGGCGGGGAAAGAAGUGUCACAGCGUUUUACGUAGGCUUACACAAAACAUCAUUGCUAGUCUUCACACAAUCUAUGGAAACAUUUUCUGAGGUCCUAGGAAACGUCUGGCUCACCUCCUUUGUACCCCCUUCACCCUACUCUGCUUGGCCUUAGGCUAGAUACCAGUGGGAAAUAUUGGUGCUCUGUGAGUGCCCAUUCUCUAUCUACUGUUGUCUCUGUUUUCCAGGGCCUAAGUCAGUUGUGUUAUUGGUACCUGGUAACCUUUGUGAAGGCAGGAGCUGGAUUUCAAAUCUUCCCAGCAAUAGUCUGGGAUUUGUUCUAGCAGAUGCUGAUUAUGAUGUUUGGAUAAUAAAUAACAGGGGGACAACCUGGUCUAGAAGACAUCAAAACUUCUCAGUAGACCAAGAAGAAUUUUGGAAUUUCAGGUAAGUACAAGGGGCUAUUGUUGCUUGGAUGGAAGGGAUGCUUUUCCUAAGAACUUUCCCAGGACUCAGCUGGAUUAGUAAAGAAAAAGCAUUUUAGAUGCAUUGUAUAGGCAAUAUAACACUAUGAAACCAGAUGGCACUGUGGAGUUCUGUCUUUCCCAACUGGAUUUCUCUAUAUGAUUUUACAAUGCGUUUAACUGAAAUGCUUCAUAGAUGUAUUUAUUUUUAUCAUCAUAAUCAUCAUCAUCAAUCUUUAUUAUUGCCCAGAGACCCAACAAAUCAUUACAAAGCAAUACACAAUUCAGACAGCCUACCUCCAGGUUAAACAGGAGCAUCUCCACCCCCAUCGUUCUACCCGGAUACUGAGGUCCAGCGCCCAGGGCCUUCUGACAGUUCCCUCACUGCGAGAAGCCAAGUUACAGGGAACCAGGCGGAAGGCCUUCUCAGUAGUGGUGCCUGCCCUGUGGAACGCCCUCCCACCAGAUGUCAAAGAGAACAACAACUACCAAAAUUUUAGACGACAUCUGAAGGCAGCCCUGUUUAGGGAAGCAUUUAAUGUUUGAUGUAUUAUUGUAUUUUAAUAUUUGGUUGGAAGCCGCCCAGAGUGGCUGGGGAAGCCCAGCCAGAUGGUCGGGGUAUAAAUAAUAAAUUACCAUUAUUAUUAUUAUUACUAUUAUUCUUUUGUUCAGACUUAAGGAUAGGGAUCAUUGGUUCUUGCAACCACCAAUAAAAACUUUGCCACUGCUAAUGUUCUAGCGAUUGUCUGGUCUUCCAGUAGGAACCUGACAUAGUGAGCCUUUGAUUUUCCUGGGAAAGGUACCAGCAAGGGUAAUAUCAGUUCAGCCACCCAGAGCAGAAUUUUAAUUUAAUUUUGGGGAAUUUUAAGCAUGGCACCACACUCCACAUAAUAUCAGACAGUAGUGACCCCCCAAAAGGCAUUUCCUGCUCUUGCCCCUGCACUGUGGAAUGCCCUUCCGUCUUCCAUAUGUAAAGCAUCAUCAGUGUGAUUCCGCACAUCGUUCCUGAUGUAGAUCUUCAUUCUCCACUUGGUUGUAAUGAAGACAUUUCUUGCCACCUUGUCCCUGGUGUAGAUCUUCACUCACUGCUUCCUCCCUGAAGGGAAGUGGUCCAGUUUUGUGGUUCACCUCCAGUGCCAGAAUAUCUUAGGCCAGUCCUAAUACAACUAGCAUAUAAGACCAUGAACAAUUUGGCAUUUAGAUUACCUGAUAAAGGGUCCGCUCUUGUACAGAUCUGUUAGUUCCUCCAGGCAUAUUGUGAAGACACACCAUUUUGCCCAGACAUUCCAGGAUGUACACCUUUUAGACUGUGUAAAGGGACUUCUGAACUACCAUUUAAAUUUAACACAGUUGAGCGAUUUUAUAUAAUUUAAUAUAAUUCUUUAAAAUUAUCCUUUAACAUGUGGACAAUGUACAUAUCUGAGAACCUAUUGGGCAAGUUUAAGGGUGAUAUAAAUAUUUAAAUAAAUCAUAAAUAUAUAUUUACUCUUUCUCUCCUUACUCUUUCCAUAGGACAAUAAACUUACAACGUUAUCCUCCAAAUGUAAGGGUAUCAUAUGUAAUGUAUGGUACUGUUUGUAUUUAGACAUUAAUGUCCACAACUGUAUGCAAUUGCAGACAGGCAAAAUUUCAGCUAUAUUCUGUGUUUGUCUUUCAGCUUUCAUGAAAUGGCAAUUUAUGAUAUUCCAGCAGCCAUAGACUUUAUUCUGCAGAAAACUAAGCAAAAAAGCUUGUAUUAUAUUGGCCAUUCCCAGGGAGGUACAACGGGUAAGUUAAUAAGAAAAGAAUGAAAUACCUUUUAUUUUCUUGCCUUUUUGCAUUAUCAGGGACUUAUGGGGGUGUGGUCCAGUCUCAGGACUAUUGGGAAGACUAGUUCAGAAAAGAAAAAAGACAGAUUAAAGCAUAGCUUUUAAAAAAGAAAAGAAAAAGCAGAGUUCACAUACGUUCCAUGAGAAAGUCUUUUCAGGAUCAGAACUUCAGUAUACAGGAUCAGGCAGCAUAUACAGCUGUUAUCAGUUCCACAGCCAUGAAGAAUGUCCAUUUGUGGUGCAAAUAAAUUUGUUGAAUGAUAGGCAUUUCAAAAGAAGAGAGAUGGGAAACUUUUGCCCUUGCAGAUAUUUGAGACUCCAGCUCCCAUCAGCCCCAGCAAGCAUGGCUGAUGGGCCCCAGCUCCUGCAACACCUGGAGGGCCACAGGUUUUUUAAAUCUCUUAUUUGUUUGUUUGUUUGUUUGCAAGUGCUAUGUUUAGAAUUGUUUCUUUUUUCCAGGUUUUAUUGCCUUUUCAACCAUGCCACAGCUUGCUCAAAAGGUUAAACUCUUCAUGGGCCUGGCUCCUGCCUACACAUUGGAAGGCAUCAAAGGAGUCUUUUCCUUACUUCUACGCCUUCCUCAAGAAUUGAUAAGAGUAGGUAUUGUACAAGGCCCAUAAUUCUAAUAUAUAUUUUUCUUCUGAAUCUUUAUGGAGAGUUAGUCUUCCUGCCAUCCCCUUCAUUUCUUUAUGUUGAGUGUGAGCUUGAAGAAUUAGAAGGUUUGGAUCACAUGAACAUUUGUAGUAUGAUAAGGUGAGAGUCACCGUGAACUUUAGAAACAAUUUCAUCAGACAUAUUAUAUUGAGAAUCUGGAAUAUAUAUAAACAUAAGUUAUAUGUGAAUAUACCCUUAUGGAUCUGAACACUGGAAGCCUUUCAAAGAAAAGAGAAAUAGUUAAUGGAAAUUCUUCUUCUUUGGCGAUUACUCGUGACCAAGUAAGAUUGUCUUCCAAGAACGCGGUCUUAACAGUGAGUCCCUAAGUGACUGUGGAGGCCAAUUCUGGAUCCACAUGUCCUUCCACAAUGCUUUUUGAUGGCUGCUCCCAGACAGGAUGAAGGCUCUGUCACAGUCAGGGAUGCUAGAAAGGAAUGAUUGACAUUCCAACCUGCAUGCGACACAACCAGUAGCAUUUGAAUUCUGCUGCUGUUCAGCUUCUGCCAAAUACUCUGUUAUUCAUCUUACUGUCCACUAUUGAGAAUGCCCUUUUCCAGGACCCCACUCCCAAACUUUUAAGGAACUAUCAAGAAGGCCCCAUCUGUCAAUCUUAACACCUGAGAGGUUGUGUGGGAAGAAGGUGGUUGUUCAAGUUGUUGGAGAGCACCCCUUAGAAAUCUCACCUCAGCUAUCCAGAGCCAGGCCACAUCAGAACCUGGCAGCAAAAUUGCCUAGAAUGCCCAGGCAUCUCACCUUGAGAGUGCUUGAAGAAAAGUGGUAUAUAACUGCAACAUAAAGGAGAUCUGUUCCUAACAGGAACCUCAAUGUUUCCUUUCAAGAAAGGACAAUUAUUUAGUAAUGCUUCAGAUUUUUUACAUUUUAUUUUUACAGCUUAUGUGCGGCAGUAAUGAACUCUGCUUUUUUAAUAACAAACUAAAAGCCAACAAUGCCAAGUGGUGCAGCUAUCCAGGGAUUGACAAACUUUGUCUCCAAAUCAUGUCCUUAUUCCAAGGACGCAAUGAGAAAAACCUAAAUGUGGUAGGUAGUUUUUUCCUCUAUCAUUUAUUCAUUUAUUUCUUUUUGAAAGAACUUGCUGUGUACAUAUACAAAACAACAAAAGAAAAUCAAUCAAACAAAAUAGAGUAUUUGCCAUAAUUUUGAGUUCCUUUACACAGUUCUUCCAUGGUGAAAUUCUAGAGGCCUCUUUUAAUAAAUGUUGAUCUAUCUUUUAAAAUUUAUUUUCAAAAUUAACUUCAUGUCUAGUUGGUAGUUGGUCAUUUACGCGUAGCCAUAGAAGAGGAAAUGCACAGCACUACAAAAACCAAAGAAGUUUCAGAGUGACUAAUUUUAUCUGCUUAUGCUAAUUUCCAGAUGCAAAGGUAGAAGGAAUUACUACUGUAGGGCAGGCUGUGACCAGGUGACCUCUCUGCCUGCUCCAUGUGCUGUCCAGGUGCUCACUGUUGAGAGGCAACUUCAAGGCCCCUGUUCUUCCUUCUUAUGGCUCUUUAUCAGCUGGAUUCACUAUGGGUGGGGGAUACACAUCUAGGUACCCAGACAGCUCUUCAUCAGAAACCUGCUUCCUUGUGCUACAUGCUGCGCUACCUUGAUUGCCAUGACCUAUUGCUUUGUAAAUAAAUAUGUUCCUUGAAAAUUUUUCAAGAAUGUGAAUAUAAAAAGCAUUUUCUUUUCUAUUAUUCUUCCAGAGUCGAGCAGAUGUGUAUCUUGGAAUUUACCCUGAUUUUACUUCUGCAAAAACUAUUGCACACUGGAGUCAGGUACAUUCUAACAAAUACCUUCUCAGCAUCUCAAAAAAAUGGGAGUCAAAAGUCUGACGUUUCGACUUGCCUGUUUAGUUUCUCAUGUUUCUGUUUUGGUACUAAGGUUUCUAUUUCAUUUUAUAAAAGUGUAGUUUUCCAGAUUACCAGACCACUCAAAAGUUAUAUUCUAGAUACUUCAAUAUUCAAACAUGAGCUGUAACAACUCUUUGGAUCUCAUGGGAAGAACAUAGGAAGCUGCCCUUUAUUGAAUCUGCCCAUUGCUCCUUUCAGUUCAGUAUUGUCUACUCUCACUGGGAGCAGCUGUCCAGGGUUGCAAACUGUAGUAUCUCCCAGCCCUACCUGGAGUUGCCAGGAAUUAAAUCCGGACCCCUCUGAGUUCAAGGCAGAGACUCUAUCACUGAUCUAUGGCUCUUUCUGAAUAUUUAAUUUUGACAUUAUAAUUCUUCCUUAUGUUCUUUCGCCAUUGCUUAUUCUCCUUGCUGCUGAGUUCUACAAGGGAAACAAUGAGACUAAGGAGUAGAAAGCUGACAGGCAGGCAGGGGGUGGAGGAGGGAAGAUGGAGGUUGGUGGGGUACUGCCCCAUGCACCCGAGUGCACUAACAUCCACUGGUGCUGGGAAUCCUCACAUUACGCAGAAGGUGAAACAUAUUGCAGUGGUCUUGACAGCUGAAGAUUAGUGAAGGCUGGGCAAAAGAAGAGGUCAAUAUUGUGCGCACAGGGACCAAUUCUAUGGGGUGAGGAUAGCUCCUCCCUCCCAACAUAUGCAGGAAUGGGGCUGAAGCCCCUCAAUCUUGAGAGGCCGGGCUCAGUUUUUUUCUAUUUUCUCAGAAAUGAGGAUGAUAGAUAUGUUAAUAACCUUCUACCUGACUUUCUAGAGACACCACUGUUUUAAGCAGAGCUUAUGGUCCUAUCAUUGGCCAGGGUGGAUGGUGGGAAUUCUGAUACUGUCAAACCUCGUCAAACCUCGGUUCCCAAACAGCUCCAUUUUGGAACGCCUUGGCUCCCGAAUGCCAAAAACCUGGAAGUAAAAGUUCCAAUUUUUGAAUGCUUUUAUGAAAUCGAACAUCCGACGUGGCUUUUUCUUUGAGUUCGACAAGCGAAAUUUGACUGUAACCAAGAUCCCUAGCGUUUGAAUUUUCUUGUGGCCCUCCAUCUUUCAAGAGGAUUUUGUUUUUUGAACGUGCACCAAAUUUCAAAUUGUGUAUAAGUCUUUUCCAUCUUUUUAGGUUGAUAAAACCAACCAAUUUAAGUAUUUCGAUUAUGGAUCAAAGAACAAAGCUGUCUAUAACAUGGUAAGUGUUUUGGAUUCUAAUGAGAGAUUUUGGCGGUAGGUUAAAUGUUUAAUGUGAACCGUGUUGUGAUUUCUGAGUUCUUAUAUAAUUCCUUUGGGUGAGAUAACACCAGACACCAAAGAACUGGUUGUAAUUAUGUGUUUAUCUAUGAAAGUGCAUGCAUUUAAUGAGUAAGGGCAUAGAAAACUGCCUUAUCCCAAGUCAGACUAUUGUUCCACCUAUCUGUCUAUACUGAUUGGCAGCAGCUCUGAUUCUAAGCCCUACUAGAAAACCUGAGGGACAUAUGACCUUCUACACACAAACCAGAUGCUCUACCAGUGAACUACCACUCCCCUCUAGAUUUUGCCUUUUGGGAUCCAUUGAGAGCCUCCUUCCAGGCCAGAUGUGCAGCGGGGCUUAGCUGAGACUAGUCUGCUGAUAUGUGCAGAAGUGGCUGCCUCUGCUAAGUUACUCCACCUUUCAGCUGUUGGGGGGGGGGAGAGACUGAGCAACAUCAUCAAAGCCCUACUGCCCCUCAGGCUCACAAGGAGACCCUCCCUCUGUCCUGAAGAGCACGUCCUCCUCAUGAACCAUGAGGACUCUUAUUCCUUUUGCUAUUCUUACUGCUCCAGAGUAAGGAGUUGGAUACUUAAUAGAUAGUUAAAGAAUGAUUUUCAAGGGACAGAUGUUAGGCAUUCAAUGUAUCUGAAGAUGCAAAAGAUGUCUUUAAAAAGAGGAAAAUAAAUAAAAGUGAACCUAAUUUUCAUCUUUCUGUUCUUUUUCUCAACAGAGUACACCCCCAUUUUAUAAGAUAGAAGACAUUACUGUGCCAACAGCUGUGUGGAGUGGUGGGAAUGACAUUGUUGUAACCAAAAAGGCUGUUGAACGGCUGCUCCCUCGAAUCCCUCAUUUAGUUUUCUAUAAGAAUAUUCCUGAAUGGCAACAUUCGGAUUUUAUCUGGGGUCUUGAUACACCAGACCAGUUGUUUAAGGAUAUGCUUUCUCUGAUGCAAAAGUUCAAAUAAUGUCUUAAUAUGAGAGGCAAACUAUAUAUCUGAUAUUAAUGCAGACAAUUUUUAAAGAAAUUUUACAUUGAUUUCUUUCUGUACUUAUGUUCUUCUUUUCUGUCGCAAAUAAUAUUAAAGGUUGGCUAGCAAUAACAAAAGGAUCUACGGAAGAAAAACACACAACAAAAUUGAUGGUAAAAAUGUAACAACAUGCAGGGGCACAGCCUCUAGUACUACUUAUUAUUAUAAUAUAUAUUCAUAUUAUAUUGUGUAACCAUGC